UACGUUCAUAUUUCGUUUUUUCGUCAGGGUGGGUGUGCGCAAAAAUUGGUCGGCAAGCAAUUCAAAAGUAAGAGCAACCGGAGCGAACAAAAAAGGGAAUAACUUACUAAAAUCUCUGAAAGAAAAAUAAAAAGACUAACGGGCUCGGCAAGCUGUGUUUAUUUCGACAAGUAAUUAUAUACUUGGAGUGCAAGCAAAGGCGAAGGAAGUGGAAGGACAAGCAACGAAAUCGUGCUCUUAUCCGUUCCUGUACUGUGUCUCUCUUUCGCUGGGAGAGUGUGUGUAUUGGUGUGAGUGUAGAAAUCUGCAAGAACAGCAACGCCAAUAAAAGUGGAAUCGAGAAAAAAAACGCAGUGGCGCGUGAAUCACGAGCAAUCUGAAUCAUCUCUCUACAAAAAUACCUGUUUCUGUUGGCGCAUCAUUUAUACCAAUUAAAUCCUAAAGGAUGGAACACCACGAGGACAACGCGCAGUUGGACAACUACUUGCAGAACCGCCUGGCCGAAAGUCUGCAAAUUUGCGGAGGCGCCGGCGAGCAUAAUCCUCAUCUGGCAGACGCUACUGGGGGGAACGGCUGCGCUCCUGGCAUUGCGCCCUCAAAGUCGGACGAAGUCGACGGGGAAGAAGACGAGGAGUGGAAGUACAUACACGAGGUGCGGCAGAGUGAAAAGCUUCAACAGGAAAAGCUUCCACUGACAAAGGAAACCGGCAAUGGCUUCGGGCCCGGACGGGACUCAGAUAAUCAAGUUCACGGAAACGGAGCUGCCGCUGUCUUCAAUCUGUACGAAGAGGACGUGGAAGUGAUCAAGAACGAUGGUGACUUCUCGACAAAUUCUAACACCACUACUUCAACGGACGAGGUAGUUGCCAGGCAGGCCCAGGAGCCAAACCAGUUGCCGGAGCAGCUUCAACAGCAGCAGCAGAUAGAAUCACAAGGUGUUCACGAGGAUCCCCGUCAGGAAGAUGAGGAUGAGCACAGCUCCGUGGCCACUACUUAUGGAACAAGCAGUCUCAGUGAGAACAACUCCUCGCCUUUAGAUCAGGAGGAGGUCGUUAUGGUGGCCCAAACGGUUGGUCAAGAGCAGUUAGUGGACUUCGACAACAAGGAAAACUCCUAUUUUGUUAAAAACCUGGAAGAAAACCACUCGCAGCUAAACCCCAAUGCUGUGGCCUUUGUGCCUGGCGUUGGCUCACAAUCAUCCUCUCCCCUUCCUGCUGCUGAAGAUCCACUACCUGGUGUUCAGCCCCGCCCAUUUCUACCGGGAGGGACCCUUGACGAUUUGGUGGCGGAAAGUCCGCGGAAAGAAUUCGCCCGAAUCAACAUGGAUGGUAUUGCCGUGCCCGACGAGCGGGAAUUUGACAUUGAAGCGGAUAUGCGACCCCACGAGUUGGAGCAGGAAUCGGACACUUUUGGGGCAGGACACCUGGAGAUGCAGUUGUUGAACGGUAUAGGAACCGCUGACCAAGCAGCCUUAAGGGAUGUUCUGGAUCACGGUCCAGAGACAAGUGUCGAUAUGGAGUUGCCACUAGAUCAGGUGCCCAACGACGCCGACAUCAUGAAACAAUCGAUUUAUGCCGAGCACAACUCCUCCAUUGAAGAUAUCUUAAAUUCCGUGCAACCUUUGCCAAUUCAGACUUGUGACGAUAAGGAACUAAUUCAUGUGGAAGAGAAAGAACAUGUCUCGAAGUCGCCUUCUACAGAGGAGCUCCAGUUUCAGUCCGACUUCCCAAACAAUCAGGAAUCGCACACAUUAUUCAAUAACACUGAGCAGGAUCCAAUGCAGGCUUCAUUUUAUUUGGAACAUACCUCUCAAAAGGCUCAAGAGGGCUGCCAGGAGCAAAUGCAGCUUCCCGCUGAGUGCUCUGAUAUUUUUGCCGACCAGAGUUUAUUGCUAGACACCAGUGCACCCCAGUUGAGCUCCGAAGCAGACUCGCCUGUGGCGAAAUUGGAGCUGGAAUCCCAGCAAGCUGGCAUUGUAGACAUCACACCUUCGCCCCUUUCUUCCACUGCAGAGAAACAUCUGGUUGAAGACACCAAGGAGCUAGUUGAGGAGUACACGUUGGAUCCGGAAUCCCAUUUCUUUGGGGUUGUUUCAUCUCAAGCUCCUCUACAGAACGACGAGGAAAAUGCUGUUUUUGAAUCAGUUUCUGGUUAUGAAACUCAAAACUUUGAUGAAAUAUCAUCUCCACCGGAAGGUAUUAAUCCGUUUGCCCAGCCCUUCACGCCCGCCCACCUGGUGAUAGAGCAGGCGAAUACAAUGAUGGAGGAUGUGGGAGGUAUGCCUAUACCAGCUUCCGAGGACUUUGCUAUAUGUGAUAAAGUUGCUAAUGAGAUACCGCUUUCUUCGGCUUCAAAGGAGAAACUGUUGCCUGAUACUACAGAUGAGCAACUGCUGACUUCUGCUUUGGAGGAGAAACUGCGCUCUGUUGCUCCAGAGGAGUCAGUGUCAACUGCUGCCGAUGGGCAGUCAAUUUCUCAGUUUGAUGAAUAUGUUAUCGCAAGUAAUAAACCUUUGGAAGAUAUUUUAGAACCGGAAAAAGAUGUCGAAGUUGCGAAAAGUUUGUCUGAAAAAACUUCUGUUGCUACAGUGGCUGGAGGUGCUGUGGUUGGUGCUACCAAAACCCACUCAGCCACCAAAGCAGGAUCUACAGCAGCUAGUGCAAAAUCGAAAACAGAAACCCUUGUAAUGAAGAAGACUACAGCGAGUUCUACUUCUGUUUACGGGGCAAACAAGUCGGCCGCUCCACGUCCAAGUACCGCCCGCCUUGGAAUCAAAAGUACCAGUAUAGCUACAAAAACUUCGACUACAUCUUCACUAACUGGAAAUCCCCGAAAGUCACUAAGCAGUAAUGUAGGAUCAACAGUUAAACCACCAACCAAGUUAAGCGGCACACGACCAGCUACAGCUCCAGUGAGCAAGGUAACUUUAGGGGCCAAGACCAUAACUAACAAGCCGACUGCAAGUGGUACUGCAUCUGAUAAUGUAACCAGGACAACACUUCGCCCUUUGGUCAGUACCAACGCUCGCAGACCAGCAACAAGUGGAACAGGAUCUGUAGCCUCCUCAACUGCUCGACGACCAGUUACAAAUGCAAAAGGAUCUGCUCCUGGCAGCGCUGCUUCAACAAAAGUUCGCCCUGCGGCCACAAUGACAGCCCCAGUCAAGCCUAAAGUUUUGUCGCCGCGCAGCACCAUUUCCUCCACCACCACUGUGCGAAAGGUGCCUAGCACAAGUACCCCUUCAUUUUCUACUCGUAGCCCUAACAAGCAGCAAUCCAAUGGAUUGGGCAAGAAUACCAGCUCUACCACCACUUCCACUGCUACCGCAACUAUCACAAAAUCUUUCACAGCUCGCUCAGCUCCAAAGUUUACGCAUUCAGCUAGCUUAACCUAUAACAAUGGGAGUACAUCUCGUCGUUUGCUGGUUCCUGGAAGCUCCUCUACUACAACUACGUCCUCUCUUAGGAAGUCAUCACCAUUAAAGGCAGCACCAGGCAAAGCUGCUUCCAAGCCAUUGACACCGCAAUCCAAAGAUGGCACGGCUAAGUCAUCGCCGGCUGUAUUAAAAGCUCGGAAUUCUACUUUGAUGGGCGGGGAAGGGGUAGCACCAUCAAAUGAAUGUGUCCCAACACCUAAUGGUCAGAUCAAUGCGGAAGAAGUGGUCAAGCUUAAGGGAAAGGGCCUAGCAGAAGAGGUUAAGAUUAUUGAAGAGCAAAAGCUUCACGAACAAGAUGUCCCUGCCCAUAAUGCUGAAGUGCCCCUUUUGGAUUUUUAAUAUGUAUCCUAAAUUCCAGAUCACACAAACCUAAAAUUACUUUAUUAAUACUGAAAACAUAUUGAGAAAAAGUGUUUAAAACGAACAGAAAAAAAUUUCGAAGACGUAAUAAGAAAAACGAUGAAUACAAUAGCAUCCUGGUAACCAAAUUAGGAAUUUUUGCUUAUUGAACUUAUUUAUAUACGAUUAUACCCUCGAUUUCUUGCUACAUAUUAUUAAAUCAUUUUAUUUCAAAAAAUAAUGAACUACUGUAAUGAACGCAGAGCGAAUAAAUGUUUGUGCUAUUUUGUAACGAAAACGAAAGAUAAAUGUCACCAAGUGUUCUGUUAUUUAAAAAUUAAAUAUUUACUUUUGAAAUGCUUUAAAAAAAAUUUUUGCUCACGUUCUUAAAUUCUUAAAUUAAAUUUCGUACAACUUUUAAACUUUUAACAGCAGAAAACUUCGAAAACGUUAAAAGAAAAAUGAAGAAUACAGUAGCAUCCUCUUGCUUACCAAAUUAGGAUUUUCUGCUCAUUGAACUUAUUUAUAUAAUCUUUUACUUUAUACCAUAGUGAACUAAUGUUUGUGCUACUUUGUAACCAAAUCGAAAGAUCAAUGUCACCAUGUUCUCCGUUAUUUAAAAAUAUAACAAUUACAUUUAAAAUGUUUUUAAUACAUUUUUUGAUCACAUUCGAAAUUUCAUUAAAUUGCGUCAAACAUUUACAAAUUGUCCUUUAUCAAAAAGAAUUAUGUAUUGAAUAGGAAUUGUGGCACAUGCCAAAAGAAAACAAAAACACAUGAAUAAAAGCAAGAAAAAGAAAGAAAUGAAAAUUCAAGUUAAGCUAUCGGCGUCUUAAGGUGAAUAUACCGAAAACCAAAACGAAUUAAAACUAAUCCAACGAAAACCAAGGUUAUUUAACCAGCGAAACUUGUAGACUGCUUCUUCAAAAAAAUGUCUAUACAUUGGCCGAAUUUUAUGUGGUUUUAUUGUACUACCAAGCACCUUUAUUUUAUUAUUUAACAAAUCUGUAAACAUAUUAUAUUUCAAUGGAUUUAUAAAUUUAAUAAUGUGGAAAUUGAGCAGCACUAUAAACAUGUUCAGUACUAAUAUUAAACGAGGAAAAGCUUUUACCCAGUGUUUUCUUAUAAUUUUAAAACGUUUUCCAUUUCAUAUUUUAUUUCGUUUGACUUAUAUUUUUUUGUGACUCAGUUAAAAAUGUAUUAUUAUUUAUAAUUUGUUGUUUAUGCCACAUGGAUCAAAAAACUGAAUGUAUCUCCAGCACACUUAUACGCUCUUUAUUUGUCUGUUUAAUACAAUACUACAAUUAUAUAAAAAUAACAAGAAAUAUUUUAAAAAUCUUUCAGUUGUUUUAUUUUUGUAUUCUUUUAUCCUUUGUGUAGGCAUAAUUUUAUAAGCUUUGUGAAAGAUAGUGUCACCUACUUCAAUUCGUCAUGAAAGAAAAAGCUCUCGUGAAAGUAUAUCUAAAAAAAGUAAUAUUCUAGGGCUUAUAAUUUGCCUAUACAACGUAUAUGAGUUAUGCACGGCUUAAACGAACUCUGAGAUAUAUAAGUUGUCAAGUUUAAAUAGUAAGCUUGUUUGCAUUAUGUAUUUUCAGAAGUCCCACACAGUGCCCUUCACUUUAAUUUGCCUUAUUAGUGAUUUUCUGCCUAAGCUAUAUUACGAUAGCGAUAUUAUAUUUCUUAUAAAACAAGGUCAAAAGCAACAUGAGACAGAGACUUACAUAUAACACACAAAAACUUGUCAGUAAGCCAAACGCGUCACGAGCACAGUUUUUUGUAGCUUGAACGAACUAUAUAUAAACAGAGUGAUUGGGAAAUUCCUAAUCGAAAGGGUUUUUUUUAGGUUGGCUAAACUCCCUAUACGUUGCUUUUAUCCAAGUGAUGAUUUUUUAUACAUAUUUACACAUAAAAAGGAUAAACUAAUUUUUUGAACCAACAAUUACUGAAAUUUAAAGUACUAAUCUAAAUGGCAUUUACAAAAAAUAUAAACAUACAUACAAACAUUUACAAGUUUAUACAUAUGUUAGCCAACCAUAUUAGAUU